AUGGUCAGGGAAACUUGUUCACCUGGGCGCGUCUUAGAUUUGUUAGGUCAAAACUUGAGAGAUGCUGAAGUCGAAGCUGCAUGGGAGAAGAAUGAUAGCGAUGCUGAAAGUAUCUUCACGUGUUCAGAAAAGGUCAUGAAGAUGUUGAAAGCAUGGGUCGAUCGUCUACCGGGAUUCAAUGCACCAAAUGCUGAUAUUUCUAAUCCCAUCCAUAACUUUCAAGACAAACAACUACAGCCAAUUCCCGAGACAGAUCAAAUGGCUUGUAUGUCAGCCUUUAUGCCAUUAGAGAUGGAAGAUGUUUGGUCACAAGAUUUUAUGGGAUUGUGGGAUCUAUAUUCCAACACUUGA